GGGCACCCGAAUGGGGGGAUUGGAGUUCGCCCUGGGGGGAUGGGGUCCAGUGAUCCUCUAUGAUGGAGGGGCGGGCAGACCACGGACGAGAAGCCGCGCGAGGGGGAGACGGCGGCCUCUGCCGUUGCGCACAAUGGAACGAAUGACCUGCCCUGCAUGCAUACCCAGUUAGGUACAUGCAGCUCAAGGGACACCUUAUCCAUCUUGUUGUGUCUGCUCAAGGUACCUUGGCUGGUGAAGCUGGUGGUGGUCCUCAGUUGCGGACGGGCGAACGGGACGUCUUGAGGAUGGGACUUUUCUUUCCCUUGUAUGCUGUUUGGCGUUCUUGCUCCAAUGGCCUCGGGCUAGAGAACAAGUCCCAUUCUACCUGACCAUCCGUACCUUAUGGAUAGUGCAGCCUUUCGUCCACUGUUCGGUAUUCGUGACCCAGCACAUGUCACUGUAUUCCCAAAGAUACUUCCGGAAAGAUGGGGUCACCAAGCAAGCAGUGCUCUGUUUCAAGUACCUUAGCCUUACCUUGACUACGGAUACCCUUCCGCACAAACAGCGAUCCAUCCCCUGGCAAGGCACAUGUCGCAUCAGUUCAUCCAGUGGUGGACUUGAUAUCUGAACUGGGCAAACUGACCUGAUGGAUGAGCUGAGCCUGGUGUCUCUCCAUCAUGGCCGUUGCCGUCGUUGCGCCCGCUGUUUGUUCUUUGAGGUCUGAGUCUCGUCCAAGGUACUGCCGAGUCCAGCGAUUCCAUACGUUGACUCUUCUGUACUUCUUGAGAAGUAAGGUACUUGCUGCUCUCGGCUCUUUGCUGGCAGCCAAGUCGAUUCCAAGCAGCUUCCAUUGCCUACCAAGUACCUUUGGUAUUCCUGUUCCUCGGGAUAUCCUCUCGGCAGCCCUUGUCCUCUUAGGUUCCCCCUCCUCGUUUACCUAUGUUUUACGUACCUUUCUCUUGAUCCCCUUCACACUUUCACAUACUUACGCACGCCGCCCAUCCACUCAUUACUCUAUGCCCUCCACCCUCACCUUUCACCUCACCUAACAUCAGGUCACUCUCUUCUCCUCACUACAUCAUCGUUCCCCAAAUCCUGUGCAACCUCAACUGUGCUGUUUCUGCAUCUCCUUACACCUACACAUACCCAUACCUCUAUCUACCCUUACAUACAUACCUUGCCUCUGCCUGCAAACGGAAUUCUUCAGCAAACAACGUUUCGAAGCACAGCCGUUGGCUCAGUCUUCCCCCUAGUUCCUACACAUUGCCAGUAUCGUUAUCAAAGAAGUCAAAGAGACAAGGACCUCCUCCUCCACUUCUUUUAGCAGUUCCAUGUCGUCCGGCUCAGAGUGACCCUUAACCCCCGUCAUCCCCGUCAUCCCCGUCCCAAAGUCACCGCACCCGCCCCGAGAGUCACACCCGAGGGGUCCCGCCUAUUUGGGCGUAGAGCUACUGCCACGAGCUGGAAGCAUCACGCGAGCUGCCUUCCUCCACGCUCUCUCUUUCCACGCCACUCAAUUCAUCUCCAGCUUCCUUCUCAUGCCUACGCGUUUUCAGCUUCUACAACAUCCUUUUCCUUCUGUCUCGUCAUAACGACUUCCUGCUCAGACAACUACCAAAAAGAGAGAGAGAACGAGAAAAGACACAGCGUCAAGAUGCCGGCCAAGACUAACGGCAUAGGCAUUCAGGUGGAGGAUACCAAGAUAUGCGUCGUCAUGGUUGGUCUGCCCGCUCGGGGCAAGAGCUUCAUCGCCCAGAAAGCGCAACGCUACCUGGGUUGGCUCUCCAUCAAGGCAAAGACCUUCAACGUCGGCAGCUACCGCCGCCAGGAGGACGCGCACCCCUCGGCUGACUUCUUUGACUUCUACAAUACCGAGGGCGAGCGCAGACGUCGCGCCGCGGCCGAGAAGGCCAUCGAGGACAUGCUGGCCUGGUUCCGCCAGGGUGGUGUAAUUGGCAUCCUCGAUGCCACCAACUCCACCAAGGAGCGCCGCAAGUGGGUUCUCGACAUCUGCACCAAGGAGGGCAUCGAGGUCCUUUUCGUCGAGAGCAAGUGCGACAACGAGAACCUCAUCAUGGCCAACAUUCGCGACGUCAAGACCACCUCGCCCGACUACCAGGGACAAGACCCCGAGGAGGCCGCGCUUGACUUCCGCAACCGCAUUCGCAACUACGAGAAGGUCUACAAGACGCUUGACGAGGAUGGUGACGAGAACGAGUACACCUACCUGAAGAUCAUGGAUGUCGGCAAGCAGGUCAUCAUCAACCGCAUCCAGGACUACCUUCAGAGUCGCGUUGUCUACUACCUCAUGAACUUGCACAUUCGUCCUCGCUCCAUCUGGCUCUCUAGACACGGAGAGUCCAUGUACAACUUGGAUGGUCGCAUUGGUGGCGACACUACGCUCUCUCCUCGUGGUGAGCAGUACGCGCGCAAACUUCCCGAGCUCGUCCGCGAUUCAGUUGGUGACGAUCGUCCCCUGACCGUCUGGACCUCGACUCUCAAGCGCACCAUCGCUACCGCUCGCUUCCUCCCUCCUAACUACAACCAGUUGCAGUGGAAGGCUCUCGACGAGCUCGACUCCGGCGUCUGCGACGGCCUCACCUACCAGGAAAUCAAGGACCGUUUCCCGGAGGAUUUCGCCGCCCGUGACGAGGACAAGUACAACUACCGCUACCGCGGCGGUGAGUCGUACCGCGACGUCGUCAUCCGCCUCGAGCCCAUCAUCAUGGAGCUCGAGCGCAGCGAGGACAUUCUCAUCGUCACCCACCAGGCCGUGCUGCGCUGCAUCUACGCCUACUUCAUGAACAAGAGUCAGGCCGACAGCCCCUGGAUGAACGUGCCCCUGCACACCCUCAUCAAGCUCACCCCGCGCGCCUACGGAACCGAGGAGGUGCGCUACGAGGCUAACAUCCCCGCGGUCAGCACCUGGCGCGGCAAGGGUUCCACGGCCAAGCACGAGAACCCCAUUGCGGAGUGUACGUGAAAAGAGUUCUUAAAAUUGGUAUGUGGACCAAGAUUGACUGAAGGAUUGGAAUAGGAACUCGAAGGAAAUGGACGCAGGCGUGUCUGUCUUGUGGUCACGGUCUCUGUGACGAGGACAGUUCGAGGUCGAUUUGAGACCUGCGCACGCGAAGGGUUUCCUUUUUUCUCUUGACGACGACGAUGUUUUCAGACUCCACUUUUCGGCAUAUUCCACUCGGUUCACGAUGGCGUUUAAGGACAACACGGAGAGAGAGAAAAGAUGACCUAUUACAGGGACGGCGGCAAAAAAACGCGGAGAGUGGUGGUAUAUCACGUCGGAGGGCAUCCGACACCCAUUCUCGAUGGAACAAAUCACCUUGCUUUUUUUUACUGGACCAGACGAACGUCAACACGGCGACCGCAUCACCCUGUUUACACUUCUCACCCAGAAGUGGGCUUUCACGCUUUCAGAGUCUUGCAGUCACCGUCGCAAUGUUUCUGCGGUCCGGGAUCACAAUUACUUUGCACUUGCUCAAGAUCCUACAACUACUCUAGGACAAAUGUUUUCAAGGUUCGACAAUUCACAAUCAAAUGAAAGGGAACGAAAAGGGGAGGGGACAAAAAUUGCACCGAUCGGACGGGGGGUUACGCAGGCGGUUUGAGUGGUUGCGGACACCGGCAUAGAGGUUCGGGUUGGACCAAGGACCGUUUGACAUCCGUUUGGGUGUGACGAGGGACUGGACGGUGGAAAUUUUCCCUGACCAGUCUUCUCUACUUGUUCCCUUUAGUUUCCCAGUUUCAUAGCUUCAUGAUGAAUGUACCUACGUUAGGUACU